AUGCCAGGCCCUCAGGGGGCUGGAGGACCCCCCGCCAUGAGCCUUGGCAAGCUCUCACCGGUGGGCUGGGUGCCCAGCUCGCACGGGAAGAGGAGGCUAACAGCAGACAUGAUCAGCCCCCCACUCGGGGACUUCCGCCACACCAUGCAUGUAGGCCGUGGUGGAGACGUCUUUGGAGACACCUCCUUCCUCAGCAACCAUGGAGGCAGCUCUGGGGGUACCCACCGCUCGCCCCGCAGCUUCCUGGCCAGGAAGCUGCAGCAGGUGCGGAGGGUGGGGGCGCUGCCCCGGCGGGUGGCCUCCCGGCCCACGCCCUCACCCGCCCCGCCUGCCAUCUCCCCCAUCAUCAAGAACGCCAUCUCCCUGCCCCAGCUCAACCAGGCCACCUAUGACAGCCUCAUGGUGGGCAAGCUCAGCUUUGACAGCAGCCCUGCCACCUCCACGGAUGGCAACUCCAGCUACGGCCUGGACUCUGGGUUCUGCACCAUCUCGCGCCUGCCCCGCCAAGAAAAGCCCCGUGACCGAGACCAAGACCGUGAAAGUUCUUUCCCUUCAGAGCCCGAACUCCGCCGCUCUGAUUCCCUCCUGUCCUUCCGCCUUGACCUUGACCUUGGGCCCUCCCUCCUCAGCGAGCUGCUGGGGGUCAUGAGCCUCUCAGAUGCCCCUGUAGCUGAGACCUCAGCCCCAGCACCCACCGCAAACCCCCCAGCACCCACCACAAACCCCCCAGCUCCCACCACAAACCCCCCAGCUCCCACCGCAAACCCCCCAGCACCCACCGCAAACCCCCCAGCACCCACCGCAAACCCCCCAGCUCCCACCACAAACCCCUCAGCCCAUGCUGCAAACCUCCCAGCCCACACUACAAACCCCCUGCCACAUGGACACUGCCCCAAUGGGGUAACCACUGGAUCAGGCCCAGGGACUGAGGUGAGGCCCAACCCAGAGCGCGAGAGUCCCUGUGCACCUGCUGAUGUGGCCUCCAGCAGGCGCUGGGCGACAGGCUGGGGGGGCAGCUGUCACUACACCAAGGUGGGUGCCCAGUGGGAGCGGGCAGAAGUGCUGCCCCAGGCACGAGCCUCCUGGGAGAGCCUGGACGAAGAGUGGGGGGCCUCCCAGGCUGGCAGCAGGGCCUCCGUGCCCAGCACAGUCCAAGCAAACACCUUUGUGUUCGCUGAUACCGAGGAAGACGAUGAGGUCAAGGUGUAA